AUGCAUAAAUGGGUUUUGCUAAUUAUUUAUUUUGCACUUAUAGAAUCUAUUUGUGCAUAUAAUAAUAAGAACAUCGUAUCUUCGUUUUUAUCAUAUAUAAACUCUAAAAUAAAUUAUAAAAAUGAGGUAUCAAAAGUGAUAGAAAUGGGCAACACUUUGGCUUGCCUAGUGAAUAAUAAUAGCCAAGGUUAUAAUGAAUGUUCAUGUGAUUUUAAAAAAAUAAACGAAUUUGAAAAAAAAUGUUCAUUUCAUUUAAAAAAAAGUCAAGAAGAAGCAAAAAAUUGCUCAGAAGAGCAUUGCGAAAUUUGUUGUAAUUUAAUUAAACCCAAAAAUCAAAAUGAUUCAAUACUAGCUUAUGAAUUAGUUUGUAAAAAAAAAUGUACAAAGUCUACUAUAACUUUACCUUUAAAUCAAGAUGACUAUAAAUUAGCUUUUACCAAAUUAUUUGAAUUUAUCCGUAUUUUUUAUCCUCCAAAUAUUUUAAGUUACCACCCAAUUCAGAAUAAGAAAUACCCGACCUAUACUAACAAAGUUUUAAAUACAAAAUAUAAACAAAUAGCAAAUGAUCUUAAUUUAGAGGCUAAUCAGAUUAAUAGAGAAUAUGUUAAUAAUGAAAUAACCCCAGGUAUUGAAAAUAAAUCAGAAGAUUUAUUUUCUCCAUAUGAUGAAAAUUAA